CUUACAACCAAUUUUUAAAUUUUCUUAUUCCCUUUAUUAUUAUACAUACUUGUACAGUCAAUUUUUUUUUAAAUUAUUAUAAAUAACGAAUCAUGCCUUCAACAAUGCAAAUGCAGUCCAUCUCUGGAAUUAUCACACAAAUACAUUCAACCACAGAGGAAGUACCACCUGCUUUAGUCGGUGCCUCCGUCAAUGUGAUUGAUGAUAAAGUCUAUGUAUUUGCGGGACGAUUAGCGUCAUCUCGCAAAAUGACCAACUACCUGUAUAUUCUCGAUCUUCAUACACUCAUUUGGACUCGACAUAUUCCACCACCCGACUCAGAAAAACCACCUAUGGCUCGUUACUUUCAUUCAACUAGUGUUUAUAAAAAGCAACUUAUUAUUUUUGGUGGUAUGGGAUAUUCAAGACUUACAAACGAUGGAUUAUGUGUUUUAGAUGAUAUUACAGUGCUGGAUGUUGAAACUAUGUGCUGGAUUACACCCAAUAUUCAGCCUUCCUUAUACUCACCACAAUCUCGUUAUGCUCAUUUAUCUUCAGUAACUGAGGAUAAGCUUAUUGUGGUGGGUGGUCAAGAUUUAGAUAAUAAUUAUCUGGACGAAAUGAAUGUUUUAAAUCUAAAGACGUGGGAUUGGGAACAAGUGAAAACAUUUGAAAAGCAUGUGGGUGCUUACAGGUCCAUUGCGGUAACCGCACCACCUGGUACAAGAAUCCCGUCCAAUUCUUACAUGAUGAAAAAUGAAGAUAGUAGUACAACAGCUGUAGACGAUUUAAACGACCUAGAAAACGAUGCUUCUGCAAUCAACACUAAUAAUUUAAAUGGUGCUAGUCAUCGUACCUCGACUGUUCGACAAUUCAGCUCUUCUUCUCUUCAAACUCCUGAUGAACCAAAUCCUAUUUAUUUAUAUACUAACUAUAACUUUGCCGAUGUUAAACGUGAAUUACAAUUGAUUUAUUCCUCAGCUCAAGUAGAGGAUUGUUCUACUUUUAUGAAUGGUUCUGUGAUGCCUCCAGGAUUAAGAUUUCCUACAGGCCACACCCUCGGUAACCAUUUGAUUUUGGCUGGUACCUAUUUAUCACCUCAAUCUCAAUCUUAUACAAUCUGGUCUCUCGAUCUCGGUAAAUUAACUUGGUCUCGUAUCGAAACUGGCACAGUAUUUAGCUCUGGUUCUUGGAAUCGUGGUGUAUUAUACGAAAAUGAAAACCGUUUUAUUGUUUUUGGUAACACAAACAGAAGUCUAUUAGACGAUUAUAACCACAGACAAGUCAACUUUGAUCAUAUUGCUAUGGUUGAUCUGGAGGCAUUCGGUGUCUAUUCAUUACCAAAAGUAACUUGCUCUUCUUUGGCUCAGGAGAUGGGACUUCGUUUGUUGAACGAGCCUGCAGUUUCCGACUUCCAUAUCAUUACUCAAGAUAACCUUAGUAUUCCCGUUAAUUCGGCUGUGUUAUCCCAACGAUGGCCUUAUUUUGCUAAUCUCAUGAAGGAUAAUCAUGAAAAGGUCAAUCAUUACAUGUCAUUUCCCUAUCCACAUACUGUAGUAAUUGCAUUACUGCAGUACAUCUAUACAGACAACUUAUUAACGGCACAACAAUAUCAACCACAUAUUCUGUCACAGUUAUUACUUUUAUCAGACAUGUAUGAUAUCCCCCGUCUUCGAGAAUUGUCAACACAUGCACUACAUCAGAUGUUAAACAUGUCUACUGCACCAUUAAUAUUUGAAACCGCAGCAUUAUCACAUCAGACUAGUUUACAGAUUAGAGCCCUGAAGAUGAUGAUUGCAGCCAAAAAAAUGAUCCAGCAACAACAAAAUCUACAACAGCAACAGCAACAGCAUGUGAUUCGUUCUAGAACAGUGUCUUCACCUAAUGCAACACUGGGAUCUAGCAUAGACUCACCACCACCUAUUUCACCCACAGCAUCCUUGUCAUCAUCUAGUUUCAAUAACUCACUCGAACAAUCGGCUGGCUCGACAUCCAGAUUAUCACUGGCAGCAGCAGCAGCAUCCAAUUAUGAAAGAUAUAUUUACAAGAUCAAAAAAUUGAUCUACUCAGAGUUAAAGGUGCACCAACGUACUUCCUUCUUCUUUUUUAAAGAAGUCAGUUCCUUACGUUGUAAAGCAUUUAAUUCAAGCUGCAUUGCAUCAAGUCGUUGCUGCAUUUCAUUAAGAGCCUCCUCCUUUUCACGCUGGACCCUUUCUACGGUCUUUUUCAAUUCAUCAAUCAUAUUCGUUUUUGACAAUAAUUGUGUCUGUAACGAAGAGUAG